AGGAUUUUGAAAAUAAACAGCUCUAAUCUGCAGCAUAGUAACAGUAAAAUCAACAGUGGGCUACAGUGAUUUAUCUAUUUAUUCAUGUCAUAUACAAUUUUGACAAAAUACAAUUACAAUUUCAUUUCUUACAUGCAGACACAUUUAGUCAUGAAUUAUCAGUCUACACGUGUGCUCACUAUUUUACCUUUCUGUGAUUGAAUCUUUAAAUGUCCACUGUCAAUGACAGUAGCCUAGUUUGUCUAUUCAUGACUUUUGUUUUCACGCCAGUAAUGUGUGCAAGAAUUAAGAAGAGUUUUCACAUGGACGUGAAGGAGGGUAGAAUCCAGAAGGAAGAAUAGUUAAGACAGUAUCAAAACAUUAUGGAUAGCAACUGCCACUAAACACCACUAUCAAUAUAUUAAUGCAUUAAAUAGGUAUACAAUGCAUAAACUUACUUAAAAGAAAGAUUGUAUAUAAUUAAGACAUUCAAAAUCAAUGCAGCUGCAGUGUAAACAAGCUGACGGCACAUUCUCACAAGGUGAACAAAUCAGCCAAUAAAACCAGAAUAAAAAAAUGUAACUCUGCAAAACAGCAGGUCACAGAUACAGAGGAGCAAGAAGGGAGGGUCAAAGUUCAGCUUUCUUUUCAUAGUUUCAAAAUAAAAAUUCCAUAAAAUAAGAAUUGUACAGGUCCAGCUCUAACUGUUUUAAUGUUUUUGAGGUUUUCCGUGGAGCCGGUGCAGGUGGCGUCCAAUCUGAUUAUGUAUACAUGAUGAUGGGGUGGAGCCUGAAUUCAGGGUGGGUGACAUCUACGUCGUGGUUGUUUUUGUCCGCUGUCGGGAUAAUUCUGUUACGCAGCCGAGGUGGUUACAAGAACAGCUGAGGAUUUCCCUCCUUUAUUGAACUUCUAGGGGCAGAUGACUGUCGGCUAAUCGACAGACGCCCAGAAUUUAACGUUUUUCAUUUGUUAUUGGCACAAGGGGAAGAAGAGGAGAGACAUCUUGACCAGAACGUGUACGACCUCAGGAGUUUGGUUGCCAAGAUGUCAAACAAUGACUUCAAGAGACUUGAGUUCUUCAAAGACAUAUUGAGUGGUUGCCCUUCGUGUAACUACUCCCAACUGAUUUUCCACAACACAAGCGAGGACAGUGGGCUGGAGGUUCUGGAUGACGGAUCCCCGUGGCUGCGAGUGCUCAUCUCUGUGGUGUACUUUGUUGUGGCUAUAGCAGGAGUGUUGGGGAACUUGUUGGUGAUGUUCUUGCUCUAUUCUACUCGCACCAUCACCACGGGCACCAUCAAUUUCUUUGUGUUCAACUUAGCUCUGGCCCACUUGCUCUUCUCCAUGGCGUUGCCGUUUUGGGCCCUGGACAUUGCGCUGGACUACAGCUGGCCUUUUAGUUUGACCACGUGCAAGGCCGUGUCCUUACUCACUGGACUCAAUGUGUUUGCAAGCUGCUUUUUCCUCACGGCUAUGAGUUUGACGCGGUACUGCUAUGUGGCAACCGCCCUCAAACCCGGUUCCUCCUUGUGCAGCAGGGCAUGCACUUCACCUGUUGCCACAGCUUUUAUCUGGGCCGCUGCUCUUAUAGCAGCGGCUCCCCGAGCUGUGUUUGCAGACCUGAGCCUUGUGGGCAGCGGCAAUGACACAGCGUGCCUGCUCCGUUUCCCAGAUGGCACGGCCUGGCUUGGAAUAAACCAGCUCCUGCGCAUGGUGCUGGGAUUCCUGCUGCCCUACACCAUCAUAAUCCUCUCAUACCUGCUUCUGCUGCGCUUCCUCUGCCGCCACAAACUGAAAGGCAACAACUCUCGUCGAAAGGCUGACAUUUCAAAGUCGGUGGCGGUGGUGGUGCUUUCGUUCUGCGCCUGCUGGUUCCCCUACAAUGUGCUCACACUGUGGGGCGUCCUCAUCCAGCUCGACAUCGUCGAUAUCAGCACCUCUUUCUACUCGGCUCAAACUUACUUCUUCCCUCUGGCCAACUGCUUGGCUUUCACCAGCAGCUGCUUCAACCCCGUCAUCUACUGCCUGGUCAGGAAAGAAUACCGCGUGGCUCUCCAUAAUGUGCUCGUCAAGUUGAGUCUGGCUAUUAUGCCCAAAAUGCCCUACUGCAUCGACGCCAAACAGGGGUCGGCGCAGUCUGGGCAACUGGCCAUUCCUCUCAACAACAUGCACAGCCGGUCCACCCAAUCUGACACCAAGAGAUACGCAGCACUGUCAGCACUUCCUACUGCACUGUCCACUCUGUAAACACCACAACACCUGUACGGCACUGAUGUUUGCGUU